AUGGAGCACAAAGACCCUGAGCGCAUGGAGUGCAACAAGGUGGUGCAGGAGACCAGACACAUGUGGGCACAAAUAGCUGCUGUGUGUGUGCACAGCACAGGCCCAGAGGGCCCCAUGCAGUGCAAGACUGAGGUGUGGAAACUGCCACAGCAGUUGCUCAACAGGAUUCACAUUAAGAUGCUCCAAAACCUUGGAAUUAAUCCAGCCAACAUUGGAUUCAGCACACUAACCAUGGAAUCUGACAAGUUCAUAUGUGUCCGAGAGAAGGUUGGUGAGCAGGCGCAGGUAGUGAUCAUUGACAUGAGCGACCCAAUGGCACCAGUGAGACGACCCAUCUCUGCAGAGGGUGCCAUCAUGAAUCCAGCCUCUAAGGUGAUAGCUCUGAAAGUUGGGAAGACACUUCAAAUCUUUAACAUUGAGAUGAAGAGUAAAAUGAAGGCUCACACUAUGGCAGAAGAGGUGAUAUUCUGGAAAUGGGUUUCUGUGAACACUGUUGCCUUGGUGACUGAGACCACAGUCUACCACUGGAGCAUGGAGGGUGACUCCCAGCCCGUGAAGAUGUUUGACAGACACGCCAGCCUAGCAGGUUACCAGAUGAUUCACUAUCAGACCGACAAGAACCAAAAGUGGCUGCUGCUCAUUGGCAUCUCGGCUCAGCAAAACCGUGUGGUUGGGGCAAUGCAGCUCUAUUCUGUGGAUAGGAAGGUUUCACAACCCAUUGAAGGCCAUGCUGCCACUUUUGCAGAGUUCAAGAUGGAGGGAAAUGCCAAGCCUGCCACCCUUUUCUGCUUUGCUGUACGUGGUCCUACAGGUGGCAAGUUGCACAACAUUGAAGUCGGACAGCCUGCAGCAGGAAACCAGCCUUUUGUAAAGAAAGCCGUGGAUGUGUUCUUCCCUCCAGAGGCACAGACUGAUUUUCCAGUGGCUAUGCAGGUUGGAGCUAAACAUGGUGUUGUUUACUUGAUCACAAAGAAUGGCUAUCUUCAUAUGUAUGACCUAGAGUCUGGCGUAUGCAUCUACAUGAAUCGCAUUAGUGCUGAUGCAGUCUUUGUAACUGCUCCACAUGAACCGACCUCUGGAAUUAUUGGCGUCAACAAAAGGCGACAGGUGCUGUCCGUUUGUGUCGAGGAAGAUAACAUUGUGAAUUACGCUACCAACGUGCUUCAGAAUCCAUACCUUGGCCUGCGUUUGGCUAUUCGUAGUAACCUGGCUGGGGCAGAGGAGUUGUUUGUGAGAAAAUUCAGUACCCUCUUUGCAUAGGGGAGCUACGCUGAAGCCGCCAGAGUAGCAGCAUCUGCACCAAAGGGAAUCCUGCAGACAGGCGACACGGUGCGGAAGUUCCAGAGCAUACCCCCUCAGCGGGGGCAGGCCUCUCCUCUGCUGCAGUACCUUGGGAUCCUGCUUGACCAGGGUCAACUCAAUAAACUUGAAUCCUUAGAACUCUGCCGUCCAGUUCUCCAGCAGGGGCGCAAGCGGCUCUUAGAAAAGUGGCUGAAAGAAGACAAGCUGGAGUGCUCAGAAGAGCUGGGAGAUCUGGUCAAAACUGCUGACCCUGCACUUGCUCUGAGUGUGUACCUUCAGGCGAGUGUGCCAAACAAAGUGAUCCAGUGUUUUGCAGAAACAGGCCAAUUCCAGAAAAUCGUGCUGUAUGCCAGAAAGGUUGGGUAUACCCCAGACUGGAUCUUUUUGCUGAGGAGUGUGAUGAGGGUCAGUCCAGAACAGGGCCUGCAGUUUUCUCAGAUGCUGGUGCAGGACGAGGAGCCAUUGGCUGACAUUAACCAGAUUGUAGACAUUUUCAUGGAAAACAGUUUAAUUCAGCAAUGUACUUCCUUCUUGUUGCAUGCCUUGAAGAAUAAUUGCCCAGCUGAGGGGCACCUCCAGACUCAGCUGUUGGAGAUGAACCUGAUUCAUGCACCCCAGGUUGCAGAUGCCAUGCUGGGAAAUCAGAUGUUCACUCACUACAAUCGGGCCCACGUCGCCCAGCUGUGUGAGAAGGCAGGCCUACUGCAGUGGGCGCUGGAGCACUACACUGACCUCUAUGACAUCAAGAGGACCCUUGUGCACACACACCUCCUCAAUCCCGAGUGGCUUGUCAAUUUCUUUGGCUCCUUGUUGGUGGAGGAUUCUGUGGAGUGUCUGCGUGCCAUGCUGUCUGCUAACAUCAGACAGAACCUGCAGCUGUGUGUGCAGGUGGCCUCUAAGUACCACGAGCAGCUGGGCACGCAGUCCCUGGUGCAGCUCUUUGAAUCCUUUAGGAGUUACAAAGGCCUCUUCUACUUCCUGGGCUCAAUCGUCAACUUCAGCCAAGAUCCAGACGUGCAUUUGAAAUACAUCCAGGCCACUUUUAAGACGGGGCAGAUCAAGGAGGUGGAACGGAUAUGUCGAGAGAGCAGCUGCUACGACCCGGAGCAUGUGAAGAACUUCCUGAAGGAGGCCAAGCUCACAGACCAGCUUCCCCUCAUCAUCGUGUGUGAUCGGUUUGAUUUUGUCCACGACCUCAUCUUGUAUUUGUACCGCAACAGUCUGCAGAAGUACAUCGAGAUUUACGUGCAGAAGGUCAACCCUAGCCGGACCCCAGCUGUGGUUGGAGGGCUGCUUGACGUGGAUUGUUCUGAGGAAGUGAUUAAAAACUUGAUCAUGGCAGUGAGAGGACAGUUCUCUACUGAUGAGCUGGUGGCCGAAGUAGAAAAAAGAAAUAGGCUCAAUUUGCUGCUUCCCUGGCUGGAGUGCCACGUUCAGGAGGGCUGCGAAGAGCCUGCCACUCACAAUGCACUCGCAAAAAUCUGCAUUGACAGCAACAACAGCCCUGAGCGCUUCCUGAGAGAGAACGCCUGCUAUGACAGCAGCGUUGUGGGCCGGUACUUUGAGAAGCGGGACCCACAUUUGGCCUUCGUCGCCUAUGAGCGGGGGCAGUGUGACCUUGAGCUCUUCAAGGUUUGCAAUGAGAAUUCUCUGUUCAAAAGCGAGGCCCAUUACCUGGUGCACAGGAAGGAUCCGGAGCUCUGGGCUCAUGUCCUCGAGGAGACCAACCCAUCCAGGAGACAGCUGAUUGACCAGGUGGUACAAACAGCAUUGUCAGAAACACAAGAUCCUGAAGAGGUCUCGGUCACCAUCAAAGCCUUUCUGACAGCUGACCUGCCUAACGAACUGAUUGAGCUGCUGGAGAAGAUUGUUCUGGAUAACUCUGUCCUCAGCGAGCACAGGAAUCUCCAGAAUCUGCUGAUUCUGACCGCCAUCAAGGCGGACCGCACGCGUGUCAUGGAGUACGUCAGCCUCCUGGACAACUACGACGCUCCAGACAUCGCGAGCAUCGCCGUCAGCAGUGCACUGUACGAGGAGGCCUUUGCCAUCUUCUGCAAGUUCGAUGUGAACACCUCCGCAGUCCAGGUCCUGAUCGAGCACAUCGGAAACCUAGACCAAGCGUAUGAGUUUGCCGAGAGAUGCAACGAGCCUGCCGUGUGGAGCCAGCUGGCCCAAGCCCAGCUGCAGAGAGACUUGGUGAAGGAAGCCAUUGACUCCUAUGUCAGAGCAGACGACCCUUCCUCUUACCUGGAAGUCGUGCAGGCAGCCAGCAGGAGUAACAACUGGGAGGAUCUGGUUAAAUUCCUGCAGAUGGCCAGGAAAAAGGACCAUGAGUCCGAUAUCGAGACUGAACUUAUUUUUGCCUUGGCUAAAACCAGCCAUCUGUCUGAGCUAGAAGAUUGUAUCAAUGGACCCAACAAUGCCCACAUCCAACAGGUGGGAGACCGCUGCUAUGACGAGGGCAUGUACGAGGCUGCCAAGCUGCUGUAUAGCAACGUCUCUAACUUUGCCCGCCUGACAUCCACCUUGGUCCACCUCGGAGAGUAUCAGGCAGCUGUAGACAGCAGCCUCAAGGCCAGCAGCACCUGCACGUGGAAGGAGAUAAGCUGCAGGAUGUCUCCCUCCCAGACAUUCAAGGCUGCAGGUGGCUGUGGCAGGCAUGCAGUUCCUCUGCCCCACAUGUGGCUCUUGGCCCUCCAGGAUCGGGGCCGCUUUGAGGAGCUGAUCUCGCUACUGGAGGCAGCCCUGGGCCUGGAGCGGGCCCACAUGGGCAUGUUCACAGAGCUGGCCAUCCUCUACUCCAGAUUCAAGCCGCAGAAGACGCCGGAGCACCUGGAGCUCUUCUGGUCCCGUGUCAACAUCCCAAAGGUGCUGAGAGCUGCGGAGCAGGCGCACCUCUGGGCAGAGCUGGUGUUCCUCUACGACAAGUACGAGGAGUACGACAAUGCCGUGCUCACCAUCAUCAACCACUCCACUGAGGCCUGGAAAGAAGGUCAGUUCAAGGACAUCAUUGCCAAGGUUGCCAACGUCGAGCUCUACUACAGAGCCCUGCAGUUCUAUCUGGAUUACAAACCGCUUCUCGUCAAUGACCUGCUGGUGGUGCUGUCACCCCGGCUGGACCACACUUGGAUGGUCAAUUUCUUUUUGAAGGUAGGCCAGCUGCCCCUGGUGAAGCCUUACCUGCUCCAGAGCCAAAACAACAGGAGUGUGAACGAGGUGCUGAACCACCUGCUGACGGAAGAGGAGGAUUAUCAGGGCUUGAGGGCAUCUGUCGAUGCCUACGACAACUUUGACAGCAUCGGCCUGGCUCAGCGGCUGGAGAAGCACCAGCUGAUGGAAUUCAGGCGCAUCGUGGCCUGUCUGCACAAGUGAAGCAACCGGUGGGCCCACAGUGUGGAACUCUGCAAGAAGGAUCAUCUCUACAAGGGUGCUCCCUGA